UCAUACCACAAUAAGCUCGUAGAGUGUCUGACUAUUGAAAAUGAAUGCUCAAAAAGCCAACUCUUUCAUGAAACUCAACACUUUAUUGUAAUUUUAACCUUGAUUUUGUCUCAAUCUUUGAGCAUGAAGAAAGUAGUCUUAAUUUAUUUUAUGAAAGUUGUCUAUAUGUGACUUAACAUACUUAUUAUGUGUUGUUUAUUUGCAUGGAUGCAAUUUACGGACGACGAUUGUACAUGCACAUAGACGUGUCCAUAUGUGUGCGUCCAGGGCAAUUCACAGUUCAGUUAAUGGGACGACAGCCAUCCCGUGGAGGAGCAGCAGGAAGAGACUGUCCCUGCUGGAGCAGCUGAGGGGCUGUCAGGAGGCCUGGUGCCCCGGGGCCCCCUGGGAUAGAGAGGGGGCCCACGCUGCUAUCUCUGGAACACCUGCUGGGAGUUUCCUGGUUGUGCGAGACUCUGCGACCUCUCAGCCCAGCCUGCUGUGUGUGUCUGCUGGAGGAGAACAUGAAGCAGUUGUUGAUUAUAAUAUCACAAGCACAGGCACAGUCUUCCAGCUGUCUGAGUCUCGUCUGUCUUUCUCUGACUUGGCUCAGCUCGUGCUCUUCUACUCUCUUACCAGGGAUGUUUUGGCUGUCUGUCUUUUCAUUCCUCGCUGGAUCUACAGCGUAACCGAAAGGUCCAAAGAUAAUCUCGCUCAACUUGAACCCAAUACUUGGCUCUGCACACCGCCUGGCCAACACACAACAGAUGAAAUGAACCAGAGGGAGCCAAGCAACGUAGUAUGCUCUAUACAGCUGACAUCCACCAAUGGGGCGCUGUGUAUCAUCAAUCCUCUCUACCUUCAUGAACAUGGAGAUGACUGGCUGACCCACAGGGCGAGUGCUGUGCAGUGCGCCACACAGCCAUCAAAUUACAGACGAGAGCGACGCCUCAGCACCACCAGAACAUGGGCAGGGGCAGGAUUACAAAGUAAACGAGCCAUCUCUUUGGACCAGGAACCCUCCAGUAUGGAGAGUUCUGGUCUAAUCAGAGCCAAGUCAGCGGAAUUACCACAUUGCCCCACAACCCCAUCAACACCAGCUGCUCCAGCAGGGGUGGUUCUCAGGAGACCCAGCAGAGAUUCUGCCUCCAGCCCUCCUUACAGAGCAAGCACUGGCAGCCUUUCUUUAGUUACUCCAUUACACUCUGAAAGUAUAAAUUGUGAAAUUGCGUCUGAGCUGCAGCACCAUGGCAGCCCAGUGCCUCAGUCUCCUUACAGGGUGUCCUGGAUCGAAGAUGGAGUCUGGCUGCCCCUGCCCAGGCCUUCCUCUUUGCUCCACCCCCCAUCGCUGGAGCUCGACUCGCUGUCAAUCAGCAGCAUAGAGGAAGAGCAGGAGCCCCAAACGACCAACCCUACCCCGCACCACCCUUCUGCGCAACGGUUGGCUGACAAAGUCAUACAUCGUCUCUCAGCGGUGGGUCAGGCUCUCGGUGGGCUGGUAAGUCAGAGGAAGAGACUAAUCAAUCGUGUGCUGGAGCUGAGCGAGCGCAAAGGCGCAGCGUUUGCAGAGGCUGUGAAAGGAUUUGUGGAGAUGACGCUAAAGAAAGGGGCUGAUCCCGGAGGGGUCACAGGGUCAGAAUUCUUACAGGAAGUCAGGUCAUCGCUCUCGUCACUGAGGGAGACACUGUUGGACUAUCCAGAAAUCCAGGCAAUGUUGGACAGCAUCACUGACAUAAAUGACUCAGAGAUCGACUCCCUGGUAGAGCUUUCCCUCCACAAGGUGGCUCUGAAGCCCGUCUCCGCACACCUCUACUCCUGCAUUCAUGUUUCCCGGACUAAUGACGGCAGCUUCAAGCGUCUGCAAAGCAACCUACAUGUGCUGGAAAAGAACGGGGUAGAGCAGUUAGGAGGGUCGGCAGGAGUUGGAGUUCCCGACUCUAUGACCCUGGAGCGGAUCCAGCAGCGGUGGACUAGUAUGCAUGAGGCUUACUCCCCAAACAAGAAGGUCCAGAUCCUGCUCAAAGUCUGCAAGAGCAUCUAUCACAGCAUGAGUGCUAAUGCUAGCUCAGGCACAGCGUUUGGAGCAGAUGAUUUCCUGCCCUGCCUGACAUGGGUGCUUCUCCGUAGUGACGUGGUCACCUUACACCUGGACACAGACUACAUGAUGGAGCUGCUGGACCCCACACAGCUACAGGGAGAGGGUGGCUACUACCUUACAACUCUAUACGCCUCUCUUUACUACAUCAGCAGCUUCCGGCCACGAUUGGCUGCUCGUCAGCUCAGUGUCGAAGCCCAACACUCUCUUAACCAAUGGCAUCGCAGGCGUACCCUGCACUGCAACCAAUCACGGCGCAGCAAGAACCGACGGACCAUUCGCAGGCAGGCAUGUCGGGAGAAGGGCGUGCAGAACUCUGAGACAGAAACUGAGGGAAAAGAGAAAAGUGGGAAAGAAUGUGAUUCUGUUAAUAAUGACGAGUCACAGCAGCAGAGAGAAAGCUCUGCAGAAGCUCUGCAGCCGCUGAAGGAAGAGACGAGCAGAGGACGAGAAGCUGAGGACGAAUCACAGAUACCCUCUCAAGUGUCAGACUGUAGUCAGCAAGACGUUACAGAAAGAUAGACUCUAUGUGCAGCAGGAGAAGAUGACCACAGAGGAUUGCAAUAGAGAAAAGAUGAAGAAUGGCCCUUACAGUAAUGCAAAGAAUGGCGACCUGUUGGCCACACAUUGUUUUGUCUAUAUCCACGGCGUUCCACUUCCAGGACUGCUCCGUUCCCGCCGGAAAUUUCGCUGGAUGUCCUUCUUUUCGGCCGGAUGUCCUUUCUUCUGCUUCCUUUGUGUUGGCAUUUUAAACUCGAUUUAUGAGGACUAUGGUUAACUGCUCCUCAGAUCUCUGCAGGGUAAAUCCAGACAGCUAGCUAGACUAUCUGUCCAAUCUGAGUUUUCUGUUGCACGACUAAAACAACUUUUGAACGUACCCACGUUCCACCAAAACAAGUUCCUUCCUGAGGCUAUUUUGCAGCGACACCGGGGCUACGUCCGGUGCUUUGCGCCGUCCAUGACGAUUGUGAUUGGUUUAAAGAAAUGCCAAUAAACCAGAGCAGGUUUUUCUCCCAUCCCGGAAUGCUGUGUGGACUAGCCAGACCCUCUUACGCAGCGCUGUGGAGGAAGGUCUGGCAAAGCCAGACUACACAUUUUUUACCUUUUCUCAGUGGGUCCAAACCCCAAAAGCUGCCACAUGAACCACCAGCAUGUCCCGUCAUGCUCAGAUUCAACUUCUAUGGAGACCAAAGAAAGCUUUUAAUUAGUGUAAUUAACACACUGCUUUUGGUUAAUUAUGAAAUUGUGGUCAGGAUUUCCCCAGGGGUCCUAAAUAAAUCUGAAGGAAUAGUUUAAAGGGGAAAAAAAGAUAUUUUUCUCAAAUGUUAGCCCUUUUUCUUACAAAAUACCGGAUAUUUUGACCUCUUCAGGGGUCUAACAACCUUUUAAAAAAUUUAGAGAAGCAAAACUCACUGUCACACUGCCCAUGCUGAGGCCAUAACCUGUGAACACUGCUCUAUUUUAAGGGUUAUAAGGUUAGAAAGCACUUGCAUAAAUCAGUUCAAAUUUAAUGUCAUAACUGUAGCUAUUGUAAAUAAGAAAAAAGCUUAUACAAAAUGUAUUAUUAUUAUAUUUAUUUGGAAACAAAUAAAAGUCAAAGUUCAUGUUU